AUGAUGUGGAAUAUGCUGCUUUUUAUUUUUGAUGCUUAUGGAACAAAUGGUGUAAUUUUGGUUUAUGUGGAUCAUAUUGGGGCUGGUGUUGAUGGGUGGCUUGAUGAUGAAGAUAAGGAUGAUGAUGAACAUGAGUCUUGUAUUGAUGGUGAAAAUGAAGACAACAUAGAUGAACUUAGAAAUGUUGCCUUUGAAUUUAAUGAGGAUGUAGUGCAUAUGAAUAGGAAAUCAAAUGAUCCUUUCUUGAGUAAGUUAUGUGUUGAUGAUGAGGAUGAAAACAACAUUGUAGAUGAUGACAAUGGGAGAGAAGUUGAAGUUAACAUACAAAAUCAUUCCAUAUUUAAUGAGCUAUUACACUUGGAAAAACAAAAACCAAUUCUAGGGAUGAGAUUUAAGGGUUGA